GAGUAACACUGAACACUGCUAAACAGGUACUUGAGGCUCCUCCACAACUCAGACGGUCUUUUUGUAUUCAGGCUCGGGUAUUGCCCUCAACUUAACGUCUUGUCAUGAGGAAACAACUUGAUCCUCGAAUACCCAUUCUAAUCAACAAUAAUGUCAAGAAAAACCACCGGUCGUUCAUCGUGCUUGUAGGAGACAAGGGAAGGGAUCAGGUAUGUCACCAAUUCUCUGUCAAAUGUUGAUUGUCUUAUCCACUUCUUAAAGGUUGUUAAUCUGCAUUACUUGCUAUCGCAAUCCCGAACGUCUGCGAGACCAUCCGUCCUAUGGUGUUAUAAGAAGGAUCUCGGUUUCACCAGGUAGGAGAUGGGUUCCUUGUCGGGGAAGGUCAUCGAAAGAAGCGAGAAGCCAGGAUCAAACGAGAUGUGAAACGGGGAGUUCGUGAGCCCAAUGACCAGGACCCAUUCGAGAUCUUCAUAACUGUGACGGAUAUUCGGUAUACAUACUACAAGGAGUCUCAUAAAAUUCUGGGUCAUACGUACGGAAUGCUCGUCCUGCAAGACUUCGAAGCUAUUACACCGAACUUGUUGGCGAGAACAAUAGAGACAGUAGAAGGUGGUGGACUGGUUGUGCUACUGCUGAAGACAAUGACUUCGUUGCGACAACUCUACACAAUGACCAUGGAUGUUCAUGGUCGAUACAGGACCUCCGCACACGAUACAGUGACUGCUCGGUUCAACGAACGUUUCAUCUUGUCCUUGGGUUCUUGUGAUGACUGCUUAGUGCUGGACGAUGAGCUGAACGUACUUCCUAUCUCUCGAGGAAAAGACAUCAAACCAAUAGAAGAAGAUCGAGGGAAGGGCAAGGAAUCCUCAGAGUUGAAGGAGCUUAAGGACAGCCUGGCGGAUACCAAGCCCGUUGGAGACCUCGUCAAACUUUCCAAAACGAUCGAUCAAGCGCAGGCUAUCCUCACAUUCGUCGACGCCAUUGCAGAAAAGACCUUGUCGAGCACCGUUACUCUGACUGCAGCACGUGGUCGAGGAAAGUCUGCCGCUCUCGGUUUGGCCGUUGCUGCUGCAUUAGCACAUGGAUAUUCCAACAUCUUCGUUACCAGUCCUAGUCCGGAGAAUUUGAAGACCCUCUUUGACUUCGUCUUCAAAGGCAUGGACGCACUUGGUUAUGAGGAGCACCUUGAUUACGAUAUCAUGCAGAGUACGAACCCGGAGUUUAACAAGGCCAUCGUACGCGUUAAUGUGUUCAGGAAUCAUAGGCAGACGAUUCAAUAUAUUCAACCGCAAGAUGCACAUGUUCUUGGUCAAGCCGAACUUGUCGUCAUUGAUGAAGCUGCAGCCAUCCCUCUCCCUCUCGUCCGUAAUCUCAUCGGACCAUACCUCGUAUUCAUGGCUUCCACGAUCAAUGGUUAUGAGGGUACUGGUCGCUCACUCUCCUUGAAGCUUAUCCAACAACUUCGAGAAAGUACAAGACCCGUCUUGACUAAAGACGCCGCACCAGCUGAGGACGACGCAGCUGUCGCAUCAAGUUCCACAAAGAAGAUAGUCAAGGCGCCACCAAAAGCAAGAACGUUGCGUGAGAUCAAGCUUGAGACGCCUAUCCGAUACUCUGCUGGCGAUAAGGUCGAGAGAUGGUUGAACGGUAUUCUGUGUUUGGAUGCUACCAUCUUGCCGAAGUCACUCCAGCAUGGUUGUCCUCACCCAUCACAAUGCGAGCUGUUCUACGUCUCUCGUGAUACGCUGUUCAGCUAUCACCCCGCAUCCGAGGUCUUCCUGCAACGUAUGAUGGCCCUCUAUGUUGCCUCUCACUACAAAAAUCAGCCCAACGACUUGCAACUCCUCUCCGACGCUCCUGCACAUCACCUCUUCGUCCUCCUACCACCCAUCAAAGACGAUGAGACUCACCUCCCAGAGCCUCUUGUCGUACUGCAAGUCGCCUUGGAGGGUAAUAUUAGCAGACAGGCGAUUUUGGAUGGUUUGAAUCGUGGCUUUAGAGCUGGCGGUGAUAUGAUCCCUUGGUUGGUUUCGCAGCAGUUCCAGGAGAGCAAAUUCGCGUUGUUAUCUGGUGCUCGUAUUGUUCGGGUAGCGACACAUCCGGAUUAUGCUAACAUGGGGUAUGGUUCGCGAGCCCUACAAGCUUUGAACUCUUUCUACAGUGGAGAGUACUUCAACCUCGACGAAAACCCUGCACCAGAACCGUCAUAUCCAGACCCCUCUGCCAUAGACGAGUCCACGAAUCUGCUUACAGAUACUCCCACUGUUCGUUCCGCCAAUGCCAUGCCACCUCUCCUCCAAAGGCUCUCAGAACGUAAACCAGAAACGCUCGACUACCUCGGUGUGUCAUACGGGCUUACCCCUCCACUCCUCCGAUUCUGGAAACGUGCAGGUUUUGUACCCUUGUACCUCCGGCAGACAACGAGCGAGUUGACCGGCGAGCACACAUGUGUGAUGGUCCGCGGGUUGAAUUCGUCUACAGAGGCAGAACUAGAGUGGCUGGGCGAAUUCGCAAAAGACUUCCGAAGACGAUUCCUUUCCUUGCUUUCCUUCAAGUUCAGGGAGUUUGGCAGCGUGACCGCUUUGAGUGUCUUGGAAGCCGUAAACUCGGGGGUGAAGAAGUUCGACGAUGAUCCGUCACGAGAGCUUGGCGCCUCUGAGCUCUCAAUUCUCAUGACCCCGUUCGACUUGAAGAGGCUGGAGUCAUACGCCAACAACAUGCUCGAUUACCAUGUCAUCCUAGACCUCAUGCCUAGCGUUGCGACGUUAUACUUUGAGAAACGACUUGGCGCAGAGAUGCGGUUGAGUGCGGUCCAAAGCUCUAUUUUGCUUGCACUCGGUUUGCAGCGGAAGUCGAUCGAGGAAGUCGAAUCUGAGCUUCAGGUUCCAGUCUCACAGGCACUUGCACUCUUCACGAAGGUGAUACGAAAGAUUAGCAAGCGCUUAUUUGACAUCCAGAAAGAGGCCAUCAGCGCGACAAUCCCUGAAGCACCACCAAAAGGAGCUGAACUGAAUGUGGGUAACAAGCCGUCGGGUACUACAUGGAAACCUGUGGAGACUAGCCUUGAAGAAGAGUUGAAGGAGGCGGGGGACGAGGUUACCAACGCGUUGAAGGAGAAGCAACGCGAGAUGAUUGACUCUUUGGAUCUCAGCAAGUUCGCCAUCAACGAUGCUUCAACGGAUUGGUCGACGGCGGAGUCGCAGGUGGCAAAACUUACAAACAGCAGUGCCACCGGUAAGUCAACUCUUGUUAGUGUGAAGAGCACAACGGUCGUGGGGCAGAAAAGGAAAGCUGGAAACGAUGAUCAGGUUUCCAGCGGACAUGGGAAGAAGGCAGGCGAGAAGGACAAAAAAGCGUCGUCGAGACGGAGUAUCAAGAAGGCUAAGCGGUAAUUAUUGGAAAUCUCUUUGGGUAUGAGCCGUUCAUGUUGUAUUCUAUGCUUUCUCGUGUUAGCUUUCGCCAUUUUGGGUGCUACAUAUCUGAAAGUACACAGGGUGGCGUUUCUCAGUCUGGCCGCCGCCACGAAGCCGAUAUCGUAGGUUUGAGGUUUGUGCCAAGAAAUGUUUGUUUUC